UCGCGUAACGAGUCGGGUUUUCUCGAUCUUUUUUUAAUCAAGUUGGGUGACGCUGUGAAACCGGUGUAAAUCAAAUAUCAAUAUAUUUUUAGUAAAAAAAUUGAUACGUCAAAGGACUAUAGUUAGUAGUUGAUUUUUCUUUUAUUUUUGAUAAAAAUUGAACAUUACUCGAUGUGUUAAUUGCACUAACACCAAACUAGAAAAGUUGACGCGAGAAAAUUUGUAAAUAAUGAAUAGUAAUUUUUGUUGAAGCAUAUCACAGGCAUCAAUGCUAAUUGAAGGACUACUGGUUUAACUGCGAAAAAUGAAUUCGGAUUCAGAGAGCCAAGACAGCGAUGAUGGGCGUCGAUUCCGUUUUGAGAGUACUCGCAAAGACACUGCCUCAUUAGCGACAGCUAGAAGAAACGUCUCGCCUCAACGUAAAAGACGUUAUUCUCGCUCACGUUCGCGAUCUCGUUCUUGGGAUAGAAGUUCAAGGCAUUCAAAAGACGAUAGAAGAAGUCGAUCAUCGGUUGAUUGUGAAACCAGCAAUAAAAAAGACAAAAAUUCAAAGAGUAAUAGUAAAGAGAAGAAGAAACAUCACAAGGAUUCUCAUCGGCCGAAAGAUUCUGACAAACAUAAGAGCAAACAUAAAAAACGUUCGAGAGAGAGGAGUCGAGAAAGGACAAACUUAAACGAAGAGAAUUCUAAGCGAAAAGAGGAGAAGCCAGAAUCAGUUGUGGAAAAGUUAGAAAAACGAAAAGACGAGGAGACUACAAAACGAAAAGAGGAAUCGCUGGCAACGACAAACGAUCACAAGUUGGAAAAGCAAAAGGACGAGGGAAAUUCCAAACAAAAAGAGGAGUCGUCAGUGUCGAAUGGACAAAAGCAAAAGGAAGGCUGCGAUAAGGUAAAUGAGAGAAGUGUGGAGAAAACGCAGGAAAAGUAUAACAAGUUAGUCGUUUCAGAUGAGAUGAGGGCAGAUGCUGCAGCCCCAGCUCGUAAAAAACCCAAAUCUUUUUUCGAAAGGGUCGUCAAUAAGAAGGCCAUCGAGGAAGACACAUCGUAUUACGGACCCGUUUUGCCUCCUCAGUUGGAGAAGAAAUUGCUGAAUGUACGAGAACGAGGAGAUAUGGAGCAGCCAAAAAUUAUAGGAAAUCUUCCAUCGAUGGAGAAUGAUAAGUCACCAAAUAUUGGUCCUGCACUGCCUUCGUAUCUCUCGGUGGUGGAGAAAAAUGAAUCGCAAAGUAUCGGUCCCGCGCUUCCUUCACAUCUGUUAGCGUCGAGACAAGCAAAUGAAGACGACGAAAAAAUAGAAACAGAUGAAGCUUCUAAUAAAGAAGACAGCGAAGAAGAAGAUACGUUCGGUCCGCCUUUACCACCAAACUUGCAAAAACGAAAGGUUAUUGGACCUGUAUUGUUAGAUAAUUUUGUUCUCGGAGAAACACCUAUUCAUGUUUCUACGUUGAGUCCAAAUUCUAAAAACGACGAAGACAGUGACGAUGAUGGUGAGGUCGUUGGUCCCCUACCUCCUGAUCAUCCUGCUGCUAGAAGUCAAGCUAAAAUGCUGCUAGAGUAUCGAGCUUUGCAAAUACAAGCUAAAUUUAAAGAUAAGACUGCUCCAGAAGAAAAAAAAAGAGAAGAAUGGAUGACUGAACUACCUCCAGCGCAUGCUAUUGCUUUAGGCUUAGGUUCGAUACCACGUACUUUUAGAACAAAAGAAGGCCCUGAUAUGUCCGAUAGAUCGAUGUGGACGGAUACGCCGGCAGAUAGACUUAGAAAACAGAAGGAAAAGGAGGAGAAUAGAUUUGUCCCAUCUCAGGAAUCAAGUAAGAAAUCGAAGUCUAAAGACCAAGAUGUUACACAGGAGGCUAAAGAAGAAAAAAGACCUGAAUCACUUUUAGAUAUGCACCUGAAAAAUUUGAAAAAGAAAAAAAAGAAAAUGGAAAAGGAAGCGAAAGAUCUUGGAUUACCCACUAGAAGGCCUUUUGAUCGUGACAUUGAUCUGCAAGCAAAUCGCUUAGACGAAGCAAGAAAAAAAAAGAUUUUUGAGAAAGCCAGCCGCUUGAACGACAGGUUUAGUGCAGCUAAAAUGCUGUAAGAAUUUGUACAUUGUUACUGAUUGCACUUUGUAAGUUAGAUUAUAAGAACUAUAAUGUAUCAGCUAAUCAGCUACAUAUACUUUACAUUUUUACGUAUAAACUUUUAAAAGAUAUUGUUGUUGAUAAGACAUUUUCAAUCCUUGUUUAUUGCGACUAUUGACUUUUAUCUGUCAGUUUAAUUUCAUAAUUGUAAAUAAAAAGAAAUUUAGUUUAUUAAUUUUUAUAAUUAUUAGCUUAGUACGUACAACAAUUGACUAUAGCAGGUAAAAAACGUUUUUGAAAAUAUAAUUUUAUGGUUGUAAACAAAUCAUACGUUUUAAGUUCUCCAGAAAAUUGUAAAUUAAUUCCUAAUAUAAUAUUUAAAAAAAGGAAAUCAUUUGAAAAUGUACAAAAAAAAAUCAGGAUGAAAUUUAAAUUUGUUAAAAAAUAAAUUUUUUUAACAAAACAAACUUGGGGUUUCUAUUGGUGUUAGUUCCACUUAGAGAUAUUUAAUAAGCUUAUAAAACUCAGAGAAUGACUUCUGAUAACGGUGCAUCAAA